UAUUUCCGCUCUCAAAGAUCAUUCUCACAAUCUUCCAACAAUGCCUUCUGCCUCAGCAAGACUGAUCCAGCUUUCGGAGGAAGACGUCUCGUCGUCGUCGAUCAACUCCUCAACCUCGAACUUUUUCGAAAACAACAACAUCUACAGCAACGACUACCGCUCGAGCUCGCUCGCUGCGAACGAGAACGCAGUCGACUUUGACCAUGCUCCCGAUGACAAUUGUCCACCGGGUGCGCCUUGUAAGCGGCGCACGAGCUCGGUCUCGAUUACGGACUUUAGUGUCUCGGGAUCUACGACGCUUAGAGAUCAGUUGAUGCUGCCGGUGCCGAGGUUCAAGAAGGAGCCAUGGAUUCAUUCUCUCACGGUAUGUUACCUUGUUCCAUAUUCUAGACUGGCAAAGACUAAUAACUACUAGUCGAUGUUUAUGGGCCUUGACAUUAUGUUGCCCGACCCGGGCGAGCACACAGAGUCCAUCACAUUCGGCUUCUCGAUCCACGACGGUUACUUCUCAACCGACUUUGCUCUCAAAGAAGAGCCAAUCUCAGCCGAUGCUGAUCCGUCUGAAUACCCCGACCGUAUCACGGACUACAUCCUCCGCGAGAUCAAAGCCUACUCGACCGACCACAUGUCUAAAUUCGUCGCCGUCGGCUUCCGCCAGGCGAUCCAGCGCUUCUGCCCUUUGCUCUGCUCGCGGCUGUGGAGCGAGCUCGACAUCCUUCCGUUUGUAUUUCCCGACGCGAUCGCGUCCGGGAACGAGGACGAAAACGAAAGCGAAGCCAACUCGUCGACAUGCGACGAGAUCGCCGACUCGCUCGCGCGCAAGAUGAUCAUGUUCUUCGGGCCAAAAGGCCUGCCGCGCACGGCGAUCGGGUACAGGAAUAAAGUCGAGGUCGACGACGACGGGUUUAUUCACAUGGUUGAUAUUGCCGACUAUGAAAGGUCUGUGUCUCCGCAGACAUGGGAGUGCUUUACAAAGCUGGCGGAAGAACUCAAGACUAUCAGAGUCAACGGCCACAAGGGUGUGCGCGUCGCAUUCUUUAACGCGACUCCGCAGGGCGGCGGAGUAGCGCUUAUGAGACAUGCGUUGAUUAGACUGUUUCGACUAUUUGACCUCCAUGUUACAUGGUACGUCCCCAAGCCUAAUCCCAGCGUGUUCCGGAUCACAAAGAACAAUCAUAAUAUAAUCCAGGGCGUAGCCGAUCCAGAUCUGCGACUGAACGACGCGCAAAAGGAGCAGUUCACGAAAUGGAUCGAGUCGAACUUUGAGCGGUACUGGAGCUCGGGACCGUUGGACUCUGAAAAGCCGCCGGGGGUUGAUAUUGCGGUUAUGGACGAUCCCCAGGUUGUCGGGCUGAUUCCAAAGGCAAAGGCGGCGGGGAUCAAGGUCAUUUACCGGUCGCAUAUCGAGGUGCGGUCUGAUCUGAUCAAGCAGAAAGGAUCACCUCAGGAAGGCGUGUGGGACUAUCUGUGGAAUUCUGGAAUCAAGGAUGCGGAUGUUUUUAUUUCUCAUCCGGUCAAAGGUUUUGUACCUGAUGCUGUCGACAUCAAGAAGGUGGGCUUGAUGCCUGCGGCAACGGACUGGCUCGACGGUCUCAACAAGGAACUUUCGCGUUGGGACACGUUCUACUACGUUGGAGAAUUCAAAAAGCAAUGCGAGGAAGUCAAGGCCAAUAAGCUUGUGUUUCCUAUGCGGCCGUAUAUUUGCCAGAUUGCGCGGUUCGACCCCAGCAAGGGAAUCCCCGACGUUCUUGAGUCGUAUCGGCUGCUGCGCGAGAUGAUGGACGACGAUCUUCCGAUCCGCAAGAUUCCACAGCUUGUGAUUGCUGGGCAUGGAGCGGUAGAUGAUCCUGAUGGGACGGUGGUGUAUGAUCAGACUGUGCAGACGAUCUCGAGUGAAAAGUACGCCAGCAUUGCUAGUGACAUUAUCGUCAUGCGUCUCGGACCCAGCGACCAGCUUCUGAAUUGUCUGCUGUCGAACGCGGCAGUCGUUUUACAGCUUUCUCACCGCGAAGGGUUUGAAGUCAAGGUAUCUGAGGCCGUACAUAAGGGGAAGCCUAUCGUUGCGUAUCGAGCCGGCGGUAUCCCUCUUCAGGUCCAGCACGAGAAGAACGGCUACCUGUGCGAUGUUGGGGAUACCUCAGCGGUGGCCAAGCACAUGUACGAUCUUUUCCUGAACGAGAAGCUGUACAAGACGCUGUCCGAGUACGCGCUGAGGUCGGUGAGCGACGAGGUGCACACGGUGGGCAACGCGUCGGCGUGGCUGUACUUGUUCACCGAGCUGGCGAAGGGGAAUACGGUGCGGCCAGAGGGCGGGUGGGUGUAUGACUUGAUGAGAGAGGAAGCCGGUGUUCCGUGGACUGAGGGCGAGAACAGGCUGCCGCGGGAGUCGAUGUAGUGUUGAUAUUGUAUACGAAUUGCUGUUUGGGGUAAUUACCUAACUAUUGAUGUAAUGCCAGAUCUGAUUCUACGCGGGGGCUUAAUCUGAUGACGGAACUCUAAUCCCACCGUUCGGUCUGGCCGAGAACUCAGCAAACGAGCGGGUUCUUGUAUGUUUCCUGCUGCUGAAUAGUAGAGAGCGUGUAGAAGUAGAAGCAGUAAUCUUCUAAAAUAGUAGUGGUCAAGAACAACUCCGAGA